UGAGUGGGUAGAUCAUCCCCUUAGGAGGAUUCUGUAUAAUAACCUGCUGGAUGGGAUCCAAUCAGAACUUGCUUUGCUGCUAUGUAACUCGGUCCAGGCUGUGGCAGCUGCUUUGAUAUUGUUUAGGAUUUUAAAAAAAUAUAUAUAUUUUUUAUAAAAUAUACCAUUACUGUCUAUCGUAUCGCCCGCCUUUGGAUCUGAGCCAAGUGUGUGUGUGUUUUUUUUCAUUCUCCGUUUCCUUCAAGCCGCCGUUAUUAGAGCCAGUGUGAUCAUCAUUCAGGGUAGGAAUCGAGUACAGGAACAGGCCUAGUGUGUGUGUUUGUAUAUGUAGACUCUGCAUUUGCACCAGCUUUUAGUUUCAUUUUGAUCUAGGAGCAAAAAGUGUUUUCUAUUCCACACUGACGUUGCAUUCUUAAAAAUAACGAUGAGUGACACAGGUGCAAAGCCCAGCCAGCCUUUAGCAGUAAAACAGGAGAAGGAUGUCACACCAAAGAGAGGACGCGGCAGACCCAGGAAGCAACCCCAAGAACCAACUGGAGCUCCUACUCCAAAACGACCACGAGGAAGACCAAAAGGAAGCAGAAAUAAAGUUUCUCCUAAAUCUGGCAGAAAAUCUGGUGGUGCAGGAGGAACGAAGCCCAGAGGUAGACCCAAGAAACUGAUGACCCCUAAGAAAUUGCAGUUCUUUACCUUGAGGCCAUUGGGGAACAAACUGAAUCAUUGUAUCGACCCCUGUAGCACUGUCCGCUCUAAUUCCUCUGAUCUGGAGACGCUUCCUAGACGAAGAAGGAGACUAACAGGAAAUUAUGCUGCUGAAGAUGUCCCUAUGGCAAUCCAAAAGAGAGACAGUGUUCUCCCUAUAUGUGGCAUCAGUAGGAUAGAGAGGCACCUUCAAGAACUCCAGGGAGAUGUGAUGAGGGAAUUGGAGGGGAUACAAAGGGCCAUUAAAGCCCUAGAGGACACUGUUAAUACAGCGUUGUUGGAUAUCCGUCAGGUUAUCCAAGAAACCUGAAUCAGGCACUGGGAAGGAAAACUGGGAGGCAUUGUUGCAAGCUGGCAUUAUGGACAGAUCAUAUCCUUCUGAAAUUGCUUAAAAGCACAUGGCCUGUAACUGCCACCUGCUAUCUUUUUUUAACUAGCAGGCCAACUUGAUUUUACUACUUGCAGGUUAUUUGUUUGGUAUUUAUAUCAUUCCCCUUCUUUCUUGAUUGUUAGAAUUUGUUGUAAUCGUAGAUUGUACAAAAAUCCCCGUACUCUUGAUUCAUGGAAAAUUUAUUUAAUUAUUUCCGAGACAAGGAAAUAAAAACUUUAUAAGCUUAAACUGUGUCUUUGAUUCUUUUUCUGCCCUUAUCUUUCACCUCCAAUUUCUCAAAGCACUGGUAUUUUUGAACGUAUUUUGUGACCAAAAUUGUUCAGAAUAACUCUGUAUAGAACCUAUUUAAACUCUGAAUAACUCUAUAGAACUUAUUUAAUCACCCUCCCAAUCAGAAGUGUGUGACUGUGUCACAUUAAAUUGCCAGAACCACGUAGCUUUCUUUGGAAAGGGGCUGUGUGAAUUGGUAGAAAUGAUAGAUUGGAACCUUUUGAGAGUAAAGGGUCCUUUCACUAUUCCUUGCCUGUCAGGUGCUGUGCUGUAAAUUAGUGUGGAAUGAGUGUUCCAAGCCUGAAUGUCCCUGAGGGUGCCUCUCUCAUGGAAGACCAUCUAUCCUUAUCCUUUACAACUGAUUCAAAUGGGAAGUAGUUUUGCUACCUUUGCUGCUGUUCUGUGUUUUGGUUCCAGUUCAAUCAGUUCUUCACUCUUAAAUAUCCAUUGUGAAUGAUUUGAAAUAGGGUGAACUUGUUGUAUUCCUAUAAUUUCCAAGGUCAUGAUGGAAACAGUUUGAAAAUGAAAUGGAAGUGAAAUAAGACAGAAUUGCAACUGAACAUUUUUUUCAAGCAGCUUUACAAACUGGUAAAUUUGUGACAGAAUAUAAGUAUGCUCAUUAUGUUAAAAAUGUACUCUAAUACUGUGAUCCCUGUGUUAUCUGAUUUGAAGAAUA